AUAAAAAUAAAAAUAAAAAUAAAAAAAUAAAAAAAUAAAGAUUCGCACGCUACCGUUCAGCUUUCAUACAAUGCUGCCAAAGACAACACCAGCGAAUUCAUCCCCCGGUUAUUAUCCCAUUUGCAUCUUUGGCAAUUCCUGAAGAUGGCUCCGGCAGUAAAGCGAGAUCCUACAGACCCCCGUGUCCAGAAAAUACAGACCGUGAUGCGACAGUUGAAGUCGAUGAUUUCAACGCAAAAUCAUUCAAACCCCGCUCCUUUGACGAGAGUGACCUCGACCGAUUGAAUAUCAGACUGCUCCCACUCGACGUGGCCCAAGCGGACCAACUCCAGCCUUGUUUCUAUGCACCUGUCCCUGAAAGCGAGCUUCCACAGGCUCCAUGGACUGAUAUGGGACUUGUUACUGUGGAUAAGCUGCAAGAAGCGCAUCAACGCAGAGCUAGGGCGGUGGGUUACAACUUGAGAAAUGCCUCGUUGUGGCUCAAGUCAAAGUUUUGGGACUGCGAACAGCUACACACCGACUAGAAAGGCUAGCUGCUUCCCAGCUGCUACCGGGGGGUCCAAGUGGCAUACUGGAACAUUAAUGCCGUGGAGCGAAUUAUGACUGGAUCGUGGAUGACCAGGUCGAGGCCCCAUCCACGGAAUACCCACAUUGCAAAAUCCAAAUACAACACGACGCAGAGCCUGAAGAUCCGUUGGCAAGAACCGAGGUCAUCCCCAAUCAUUCGAUGGAGGACGAGUUUGUGGAAAUACCUCCACCAUGAAAUAUUUCUUCUACGUCUGCCCUGCCUUUGUCCUUUCUCCGACAUAGGGAACACAAAGAAUUAUGAUCUGUUUCUAAAGUGGAUGAGAAGUGACUCCGUUGGUGAUAGUAAUGCUUCGUUACCUGUUAAGGUCAACCCUGUACAGCAUCCGGCGGUGCGUCGUCUUGCGCAUAGGUAGCUGCUGGGUUUUCAUUUUUGAUAUGAGGAAUGAUGUAACGAACAAGUUUUAUGGAUACUUUGGGAUCAUGGAAUUAGGUGAAGGCGUUUUGGGCGGUUUCUAGUUUAUCUGGCGGAACAUCCGUCUGGAUCUGUGGCCAGUCUUAAUUCAAUAAAGUAUGGUCUAGGCCGAUAUGGAAGCUACUCUUUCAUUUUGCUAUCAAUUAUCAACACCCGAUGGAUGGUUGAGCGUUGCCUGCGAACGUCUACUCUUGACUGAUGGCUGUGUGGUGUACGCUGUUGCCGAUGAUUCUCGGCUGCCAAUGCCAGUAUGAACCGAGAAGUAUUAAGAGCGACACCUGCGCAAAAGGUAGCCGCUUAAGUCGUUUAUACAGGCAGCAUCGGUAACAUCCUUGGCAUAUUCGUGACGGAUAACACCUCUGAACUCAUGGACCUUGAAAUUAACCGAGUCAAGCGACUUCUUACCCCAGAUACGCGACGACGAAUUGGAGACCAGACAGUGGUGCAAGCAACUCGCGAGUGUCCCCCCACAGAAGACUGUUCUCCCAUCUCAGUCGGUUGGUAAGGACUUGGCUAUGAAUAGCUCCGUCGAUGACCGCAAAUUGCCCGGGUCCGGGAUUAAGAUCGAUGGUCUUUUCCAAAAAGCCAAAUCAUACAAGGGUAGGACACGAAAUGAAAUUAAGAGUCAAUCGAGGUAGGAUUCCUCGCUUCUGAGCGAGAUUCCAUGCCAGGAUACCGCCGCGUGCAAGUGGGACUCGCUCUAUCGCUCGUAUAAGCUGCCAUAUGGAGGUGCGAGGUGCUAUCUAUUCGCAAGGAGAAUUCCAUGUAUUAUCGAACGGCGCGCCGUGCGCAAGCUGGG